CGACGAAUUUUCGACGAUAGAAUUAUUGGUGGCCAACCCACCGCUUUCUCCUUCCUCUUGCUUGGGUGUGCCUUUUUCUUGCUGUCUACUGCUUCGCCUGCACACACACGAGGCCUUUUUCACACCUAAGACAAGACGAGCAACUGCUGCCCACCUGCGCUCUCGCUUGCCCAGCACCCAUCACACCCACACACACGCAGCCAUGGCUGAGGAGAAGAAGAUCGAGGAGGUCACCGCCGACGUUGUCGAUGACGUCGAGGACGUUGAGGACGAGGACGACCAGGAGGAGAUGCCUGACCUGCAGCAGGCUGAGCCCGAGGCCGAGUCCCAGGUCGCAGCUGAGGCCGCCACGGCCAAGCAGAGCCGCAGCGAGAAGAAGGCCCGCAAGGCCCUCUCCAAGCUCGGUCUCGUCGCUGUUGAUGGCAUUGCCCGCGUCACCAUCCGCAAGUCCAAGAACAUUCUCUUUGUGUUCCAGAAGCCCGAUGUGAUGAAGAGCCCAGCCAGCGAGACCUACAUUGUCUUUGGCGAGGCCCGCUUCGAGGACCUCAGCCAGAACGCCAUGGUCAACGCCGCCGAGAAGCUCGUCAAGCAGCAGGCGCAGACCCAGAAGGCCCCCGAGCCCGCCCCAGUUGAGGUGACCACCAAGGGUGCUGAGGAAGUGAAGGAGACGCCAAAGGCAGAGGCCGCGACGGAGGAGAAGAAGGCUGAUGCUGGUUCGAUCAGUGAGAAGGAUAUUGACGUUGUUGCGAAGCAGGCCAACGUGUCGCGGGAUAAGGCAAUUGAGGCUCUCAAGAAGACCAACGGCGACAUUGUCAACGCCCUCAUGGAGCUCACCAUGUAAGCCGUUGCAGUGGUUGUCGUGUUUUCUGUUUUGAGUUGUUUCAUUGUUGGUUGUAACCGUCCACAGUACAAGUUGUGGUGACUUUUGUACCCACUUGAACGAAACACGCGUGGAAAG